AUGAAGAGCAAAAGGAAACCUAGUAGCAAACCUCAACAACAGGCUUCUGAAGCUAAUGGAUCCCAAGCUAAUGGCGAAAAGCAACCGCCAACACUUGAACCUUCUACAGAAGAAAUAACCGAGACAACGCCCAAUGAAUCGCCUGAGAAGGGAAAGCAUGUUAAAGCCAAAAGGGAUAAACAACAGGUGCCUGAAGCUAAUGGAUCCCAAGCUAAUGGCGAAAAACAAUCGCCAACACCUAAACCUUCUACAGAAGAAAUAACCGAGACAACGCCAAAUGAAUCGCCUGGGAAGGGAAAGCAUGCUAAAGCCAAAAAAGAUAAGAAGAUAAAGAAAGCAAAGAAAAAACCAGGACUUAUAAGACGUCUUUUCACCAUAAGAAAUAUUUUCCUCUUUUACAUAUUUUAUGUGACGUACGCUUGUGAGAAACCUUCCAAAAAUAUUAAAAAUAAUAGAAAACAGUCUUCGUUGAUUUCUGAGCAAUGGAUUUGUUCGAAUGGUGUCUCGCAAUAUAUCCUUGAGCACGAGUUUUUUCAAAAACAUGUUGAGCCAAGGAUAACCGUCCUAAAAAAAGACUACGUAGAACCUUCAAAGAAAAUUUUAGCCAAGCAAUACGAAGUUCAUGUGAAACCGGUCGUCGAAAAGGCGAAGCCGUAUGUCGAACCUCAUGUCAACACAGUAAAAGCGUAUUAUGCUGAGUACGUGUAUAAGCCUGGACUUGAUGCCUAUCAUCAAUAUGCGGAAGAACAUAUCGAUAGACUUUAUGUACAAGGCGGGGACUAUUUGUCUGUGUCCCAAAGUUAUUAUGAUAGACAAGUUUUACCAUACUAUAGGAAGCACAUCUUGCCUUAUCUUCAAGAAGGAUGGAAGAAAUCAACUGAAUUCUAUUCGAAAUUCAUCGAACCUACCGCACAGCAAACCAUCGUGACAAAGAAAAUUGCAGUACAAGCUGCCACAGCUGCUCUCCGUGAUUUUAUUGCCGACAGAUUAGCCAAAUUAGAGCAGCACAUCGAUGAACAUAUCAAAAACUUCAAAUUCAAGGUUAAGGACUCGAAGAUCGCCGUGGAAAAGGUGAACUCAAAGGUCGAUAUCAUAAAAACGUCUGGAUCUGAACACAUUCACAAACUAGAAAAAUUCAUUGAUCAAACAAAACAAGAUUCCACAAAGGACAUCACUGGUAAAAAAGAAGCUGUUGCUUCGUACGCCAAACAGAUUUUACAAGCAUUAAAAGUGAAAGUGGAUGAGGAAAAGAAAGACGCCGAAGAAACCUUGGCGUCAAUCAAAAAUCAAAUCGAAACUCUCACGAAAGAAAUCGAGCUGAGCUUGACUAAACAAGAGGCUGAUAUUAAAAGUGAUCUUCAAGAAUUUCUAAAGAAACACGAAAAGGCUGAUAAAUCCAAUCUCAAAGGUUACGAAACGGAAAUUCACGAUAUUAUUUCCAAAGCAAUAUCCAACUUUAAGGAACUUGAAUCAACCAUGGUUAAAGAAUUUUCGGAAAGUGUAUCUUUAACAAUAAUAUCCAUCAAGAAAACGGCCAAACCCGUUGCGCGGGAAGUUUAUGAUGCAAAAACAGGAGCCACCAAGAUCUUUGAACAACAUCUCGACUCUAAAAACAUAAAUGAAAUAAAAAUUCUGGAAGAUUCGACAUCCGAAACCAUAGUUAUACAAAAAUCCGCAGAUCCUGCACUCGAUUUAUUAAAGCAACGACGUCAACAACAACAUGAUCCCGUAUUGACAAAAUUGAAGUUGGGAUAUAAAAAAUACUGGGAAAAACAAAAAUCACCGGUAGAAGAAAAUGAUGACGACGAUUAUGCCGAAGAAUUGGAGGAAUGUGAUGUAGAAGGGGAAUGUGGUUAA